AUGCAGACGCCGUACCACUUCUUCCUGGCCAUGCUUAUGCUGGUGUCGGGAUCCAUCAACACCAUCACCACAAAGUAUGCCGAUAUCACCUGCGGUUAUGGCGUUCCAUACUUCCCGCGUGACCAGAGUGCAUCGGACAACUCCUGUCCGGAUCGCAGUGAAGGACAGCACGUGUUUGACCAUCCAUUCGUGCAGGCCCUGGCCAUGUUCAUCGGCGAGUUCACAUGCCUGUGCGCCUUUGUGCUGGGUCGCUGGUGGCAACGAUGCCGCGGACGCGAGCCGCCAAAGGUCAAGGAUUUCAACCCCAUCAUCUUCCUCCUCCCAGCGCUCUGCGAUUGCACCGCGACCAGCACCAUGUAUGUCGGCCUGACCCUCACCUUUGCGUCCCAGUUCCAGAUGCUGCGCGGUAGCGUGAUCAUCUUCACCGGUCUUCUCAGCCGCUUCUGGCUCAAGAAGCCCCUCAAGGGCUACCAAUGGGCUGGCAUGGUGCUUGUGCUUGCUGGCCUGGUGUGUGUUGGCCUGGCUGCCUUCUUCAGCGGCGCCAGCGGCGCGCAGGCGCGAAACCCGAUCCUCGGCGAUGCCCUCAUCAUCGCAGCCCAGCUUGUUGUCGCCGUGCAGAUGGUGGUUGAGGAGAAGUUCCUGACCAAGUACGAGGUGCCUGCGCUGCUUGCUGUUGGCUGGGAGGGCGUCUUUGGCCUCCUUGUCAUGUCGACGCUCUCCAUGAUCUUCUUCUACAUCCCCGGGCCCCGCGCCGGCGGCACUUUUGAGAACAUCAACGACGCCAUUGUCCAGAUCUUCGGCACGUGGCAGAUUGGCCUUGCGAUUGGCGGCACCAUCUGCUCCAUCGCCGUCUUCAACUUCAGCGGCAUCAGCGUGACGAAGGAGAUGUCCGCCACGACGCGCAUGGUGCUUGACUCUGUGCGGACGCUGACAAUUUGGGCAUACGGCCUUGGCGUCGGCUGGGAGACGUUCGCGCCGCUGCAGAUUGUCGGCUUUGCGCUGCUGCUGCUGGGCACGUUUGUGUACAACAACCUGCUCAUUGUUCCGCUCAUGCGCAAAUACGGCAUUCUCCGCCCGGAGGAGCCCGAGGCCAAGGAGCGUCUCAUUGCGGACAACACGUACGACGAGAAGCAGCCUCUGCUGGUCAACAGGGAUUAG